UCAAUGUGUGUUUGUGCGUUUGUGCCUGUGUGAACCAAAAUGGCGAGAACAGUGACAGUCUGCGACACCGAUGCUCGCGGGCACGUUUAUCGCGAGGCUCUCUCUCCCGUGGCGUACUGUCCUCGUACACCUUGAAAACAAAAAAAAAUCUCAAUAAACCAUUGGAAGGACUAUUGAAAAGUGGAACAAUGAACAAGAAUAAAAGCGUCUAAUUCUCAUCCAUUACAUCGACGCGUACGUCGCGCUUUUUUAUCCCGUGUGUUUCACACAAAAAACAACUGGAAAAUCGUCUCUGUUUUCCGUACUUUCGCGAGAACACUCGAUUAAUUUUCUUUUUACGUUCGAGUGUCAUGUAACAGUCAGUGAGCGGUAUCAACGCGAACGCAGCAGUGCGCGAGCUUACGGAUGACGCGAUGACGCUUCACUGGUGGAUGCACUGGUUCUGGGUUACCGCACAACUGGCCGGCUUAUUACUGGCGAGCCCGUUACCAUCGACGACCCAGGAUCCGAGAAUAGAGCAACAGCCGGCAUCGAGGAGGAACGGUGAGGCGUCGUCGAUUAUGGAGAGCGCGGGAAUCGAGCCCGGGACGACGGUCGGGAGUUUCCGCGUUGCCAAGGCCAUAAGUUCGUACGACUCGCCGUCCAAGGCGAAUUUCGCAUCGGCGAACAGCGAUCAUCGCCUCGAUGGGGCCGGGCUCGAAUCGACCACGAGGAAGCUUUCCUCGGUCGUCGAAUACUCCGGCGGUGAGAACGACAGUCAAAUAACCUGGUUACUCACCACCAGCAAAACUCCCGAAAGAAGAAAGAAGAAAAAUGACAAUCCGACCGGCCGAUCGGAGGCUCUCAAAAAUUUUAGCUCCAAAAGCCGCGAUCAAGAAAAUAAAGAUUUAACCGUUUUACCGCUGCGCAUCGAAGGGGCCAGAAUCAAACUCGUUGUCAAUAGCACCAGAAGCAUCACCACCGUCAACCGCCAACAUUUUACCACCAGAACUUUCAAUGGCUCCGAGGACAUCGAAAUCGAUCAAGAACUUGCCGAACCGAGACUUUCCGCCACCGCAGCCUCCAUUCUUCAAGAUUUUCUUACAGCCGGGAUCAGCGAAUCGACGCGGCUGAGUAGAGCGAGAAACGCCUUUUCGAGCGAUUUUCAAAGAGACGACAGGGAGGAGCAGGAGGAGGCGGAGGAUCGAGCUUCCGAUGUAAACGUCAAUCAGGUUCUCCUUGAGGCUGAGAGCGUUAAUCGGGAAAUCGAGACAUCGUCGUCGCCGUCCAUCGUCGAUAUCGCGGCCAUAACCGGAAGUUGUCUCGCCACAAUCGUUUUACUCAGCACGAUGGCCAGUCUCGGUUUUAUAAUGUACAGACGCAAGUAUCUCAAUCCACCGCAGACUCUGAACAGUGACAAAUGCAGCAAUCCCGAUAGUUCCGGUUACAUCGACGAUUCGACGAUACGAGACAAUUCCGAAGAGAUGUACAGCCUGGACAAUGAUUCGUUCCUAAAUUCGCUCGAGGCGAUGACAAUACAAAAUUAUUGGACGGACAGCGUGAAGCAUACGAAGCUGUGACGGCACGCGGAGAAGCGUCGAGCCAUGGAAAUAGCUCGCGCGCGGGAUUACAAUCUUUCGAACAAGAGAUGGACCUUUCCGAGAUGCGGUCCCUUCGUUGAACAAGACGCGGAGGAAGAUGACGAGGAAGAUGAGGACGAAGCCGAAGUCUGUUAUUUGGAUGAGAAAAGAAGAAGGAAGCUUCGAGUCCACGAGUCCGAAUACGAGAUGGAAGCGAUCACGAGGCUCGUUGCCUCCAAGUAAAGGCUGCAAAGUAUUAAAAGGAAAAAUAUGCAAAUAAGAAUGGGAGAGAGAAGAGUAAAAAUAGUGCAAUAAAUCAAUGUACUUAAAUAUAUAUGCCGUAGGUGGCGUUUAACCGCGACGAGGAGAGAGCCAAGUAAGAGACAUAGAUUAUAAGUACAAACGGAAAACAAUAAGAGACUCUGAACCUCGUUUCGAGAGACAGAGCAGAGAGGUCAAGAGAAAGAGAGAGAGAGAGAGAGAGAGAGAGAAAGGACGUUUUUAACGUGGAUAAGAAAAUAGUCUAUAUAUUGUUGUUAUUACGAAACUUCCAAAAGACAAAAGCCUCGAUGGCGCCAUUCGUUUUCUCCCCUUCGCCGAUGUACCGCGGAAUCAUACACCCCAGGUUGGAUGACUCGUGCGAUGAAAACUUGAAACCGUACAAGAGUUUGGAGGGACGUGAAAUUUCCUACAACAAAAUUUCGAAACACUAUUUUUUUAACGACAGUGUUUGGUACUACAGAGAGCCGCAUGAAAAGCGAAGGUCGAGUUUUCGAAAGUUGCACGUAUUCGAAUCGAUUUUGAGAUGACUCGCUUUUCGAGCUGCUCCAAGGGCUAAGAUUUUAUGAUUUGAAGAAUGGAUUGGUGGUAACUCUAAAAAUUGAUUACUUUUCGGAGGAAUUCAAUCCACAACGGUGCUUUUGUACUCAAAAUUCGUUUGUUGGUUUACGUUAUAUAAUUCGAGCUGACACGGAUACACAGGUAUUAAGAAAUGCGAGAAAACGAUCGCGUCAUAUUUAACGUCGUUCCCUUCCCACAGACCUGUUUUAAUCAACCGAUCGAUAUUUCCAAUAUCCUUCGUUAAGUUUCCACGUGAAUUAUCCGGAUGAUUCCUCCGCUUAGCGAACGGUUGGAUUAUCUCGUGACACGUGUUGUAAAAAAAAAUUAAUAUAGAAGAAAAAAGUUAUAAGAGAAUAAAGCAUCCGCAAAGGGGCGAUUGUUGCUUCGACCGAUCCAGCCUAAAUAGUAUUAUAUAUUAAUUGUACAUUAAUCAUAAAAAAAAUCGUUGUGCUUUGGAAUAAAUCGACGAAACUAACGAAAAAAAAGAACGAGCUGCGAAAACAAGAAAAAUUAAAAAGUGUUCGUGUUACGAGAAAAAUUGGACCAAACUUAUGUAGACGUAGUUGAUCAUCGCCUUUAUGACAUAUCCAGCAGUCUUUAGUCCAUAAUUUGUUCAUUAUAAAAAAAAUUUGAAAAAAAAAAAAAACACCACGAUCCCGAUAAUUUAGAAAAACGUCCCUAGUGCGGAAAAA